AUGGUGUUUCCGGAGCUGCGUUCUACAGAAAAUUACGCCAUGAAGCAUCCAGCCAUAACUUCAGAUCUCAGCCAGUUGUCGUCGUGUUUUUUUAUCAAACUUGUUCAAGACCAAGGGAAGCAGAUAUUCGUCAGCUAUGCCAGUGAACGUGACAAUGACAUGAUUUUCGAAAUUCAUCCAACAUUAACACGAUUUUAUGUUGGCAACAAUCAGUUCAGGUAAUGCUGUGUAUAUUAGAAUUAGAAGUCAGUUGAGGAAUUUCUUAUUCGAGCCACAAUAAGAUAUUAUACAGGAAAUGCUACGAUCGACUUCUUCCUAACGCUUGGAGAGAGAAAGUUAAACAUACAAACAAACGGAAAGCGUUAAGCCUCUUUAUCUUUUCUUAUCAUGAUUUAAAUACCAAAUAUGUUAAUCUUUGACAAAAACAGAUCUAGACGUAUUUUCCUGUGGCAUCGCAUAUAAAUAUUCGGAUCCUUUUUUAAAGUAUGAUUUAGAUCACUAUGCUCAAUAGGGCUCAAGAGUCGUCUUUAAAGUGACGUGGACUCGCUUAUUACGGUUCUAGCCAUAAAAGGAUGAGGUUUCUUAACCGAUUCGGCUUUCAAAAUAGUAGCUCAGAUGAUUUUAUAAGUAGAGAAAUGUUUUUCGUCUUGUCACGAGAGUGAGACAAAGAAAAAAAUUCUGAGUUCCCUUGAGGAAUCAAGCCUCAGACCUUCGGAUUCCGCGCGCUAAGCUGCAGAGAUUCUACAGUGAGUGAGGUCUCUAUUUAAUAAGUAAUUGCAUGAAUAAGAAAUUGCCUGAAUGAAUGAAAACACUGAACAAAUCGAAGCUUGAAUGUUUGAAUGAUUAAGUCAUUGAUAAACGAUUGAUUGACUGACUGACAAGCCACUUACAUAUUACUAUCAACUGACUGACUACGUACUAACAGACUGAAUAACUCUCUUGACUAACUUAGUGACAAUGAAAAAGGAGGGUCUUGAAUGAUCAAAUAUAUUUAAAUUUUGUUUGCUUUUUGUUUUGUCCUGUUUUUUUUGUUUUGCUUUGUUUUGUUUCGUUUAUUGUUUCUUUUUUUUUUCAGUUUUACCUCGACAAAUCUCUACGAUGAUACCUGGCAACACGUGUGUCUCACCUGGGAAAACACUCAAGGAGUAAUGAAACUCUAUAGAGAUGGUCAAUUUGCAGAACAGGUAACGAAUCAUGCUACUAAGAAUUUCGCACUUAAGGCUGGCGGCUUCCUGGUGCUUGGACAAGAGCAAGACUCUAUUGGCGGAGGCUUUGAGAGUAGCCAAACCUUUCACAGCCGAUUGGCAAGUUUCAACAUCUGGGAUAAAGUUCUGUCCGAAAGCGACAUUGCCGCUCAGUACACAAAUUGCAGCAUACCUCAUGGUUCUGUUAUUAACUGGUCUGUAUUCAAAAAUCUUAUCCAUGGCAAUGUUGCAGUUGAAGAGCCGUGA